GGCCUUCCCGUGGGGAGCCGGGAGUUGUAGGCUACGGAAGGCGGCUGCCGCCGAGAAAGGCACGCCGGGAAUUGUGGUCCUAGGGAGGGGCGGUUGACCCAGACCCGGCUCCCGCCACAGCCGCAUGGCGGCUGCGACUCGCGGCUGCCGGCCCUGGGGCUCGCUCCUCGGGUUGCUGGGGCUGGUCUCGGCUGCGGCCGCCGCCUGGGACCUGACUUCGCUGCAUUGCCACUUCGGCACCUUCUGCGAAUGUGACUUCCAGCCCGACUUUCAAGGUCUGGAGUGUGACCUGGCCCAGCACCUGGCCGGCCAGCACUUGGCCAGGGCCUUGGUGGUGAAGGCACUGAAGGCCUUUGUGCAGGACCCAGCCCCUACCAAGCCACUGGUCCUCUCCCUGCAUGGCUGGACAGGCACCGGCAAGUCCUACGUCAGCUCCCUGAUCGCACACUACCUCUUCCGGGGUGGCCUCCGCAGCCCCCAUGUACACCACUUUUCCCCCGUCAUCCACUUCCCCCACGCCAGCCACAUGGAGCGCUACAAGAAGGAUCUUAAGAGCUGGGUCCAGGGGAACCUCACAGCCUGCAGCCGCUCCCUCUUCCUCUUUGACGAGAUGGACAAGCUGGACCCAGGUCUGAUGGAGGUCCUGCAACCUUUCCUGGGCUCCUCCUGGGUUGUGUUCGGGACCAACUAUCGCAAAGCCAUCUUCAUGUUCAUCAGCAACACUGGUGGUGAGCAGAUCAACCAGGUGGCCCUGGAGGCGUGGCGCAGCCGCCGAGACCGUGAGGAGAUCCGCCUGCAGGAGCUGGAGCCCGUCAUCUCCCAGGCUUUGCUGGACAACCCGCACCGCUUUGGUGCUCCUGGCUGUCAUACGACCUCCCUGAGCCCACCGCAGACCCUUCUCGCAUUGCCCCUUCCUGCAGAUGGCUUCUGGCGCUCAGGCAUCAUGGAAGAGCAUCUCCUAGAUGUCGUGGUGCCCUUCCUACCACUGCAGCGGCACCACGUGCGGCACUGCGUGCUCAACGAGCUGGCCCAGCUGGGCCUGGAGCCAAGAGAGGAGGUCGUCCAGGCUGUGCUGGACAGCACCACCUUCUUCCCUGAGGAAGAGCAGCUCUUCUCCUCCAACGGCUGCAAGACUGUGGCCUCCAGAAUUGCCUUCUUCCUCUGACUCUCCGGAUGGUGUCCUUGCCCUCCUCUCCCUGGCCAGGCUGUGCAGGAAAGCCCUGGGGCCUCUGCAGUAGGCACACUUUUCCCGAGCCUCUUUGGAGAGUGAGACACAGAGCCCAAAGUGAAGAUGAGGAGGCAUGCUGGCUAUGCCAUGAGACAGAGGGCCCUGGCCUCUUCGCUGGUCUGAGGGCCUCUUGGCCUUUGCUUCCUUCCCUAGAGAAACCACUGGUGACCCCAGGACUUCAGUGAGCCUUGACCUUGACCUCCAGCCUAAGCCUUCUUAAAAUGUGAAUUAUAACUCAGGGACUGUGGCUCGUGGCUGCUCUCUCCCUCUUCGGUCUGUUAUUCUUGGCCCUUUGCUCUGGCAUCAUCCUCUCAAUCAUUCAUUCCACACCCCGUGUCCCUGUCCUGUAAACCCAGGUGGAGACUUCUCAGUCUUCAUGAACAGAGGGACUCAAGCUGCCAUGUGGGCCUGGUUUUUAAAGUUUUUAAUUUUAUAAAAGAACAGAUACAAUAAACUUAGCCAUGGGACCAGAGGAA